AUGUUAAUGGGCUACCUUAAAUCUAUUCCUUUAUGUCUUACAGCACUUCAAGUGUCAAUUUCCCUCAGCAAGGUAGAAGUCAGUGUGGGUGUAUCAAAAUUCUUCACCUGUACAGUAAUUGGUGAACCUGAGAAUAUAGAUUGGUAUAAUCCACAAGGAGAAAAGAUAAUUUCUAAUCAGAGAGUGGUGGUGCAGAAAGAAGGUGUAAGGUCACGAUUAACCAUUUACAAUGCCAAUGUAGAAGAUGCAGGAAUAUACAGGUGCCAAGCAACUGAUUCUUCAGGAUUUAGUCAAGAAGCUACAGUUGUUGUGGAAAUUUACCAAAAGCUCACAUUCCAGGAUGUCCCAUCACCUCAAGAAUUUGUACAGGGAGAAGAUGUACAAGUCCUUUGCCAUGUUAUUAGUUCACCUGCACCUAUUGUCAGCUGGUUAUAUCAAAAUGAGGAAGUCUCAAAUAUUGCUGACAAUAGAUUUGCCAUGUUACCAAACAACAAUCUUCAAAUUCUUAAAAUUAAUAAAAGUGAUGAAGGAGUAUACAGAUGUGAAGGAAGGGUCGAAGCUAGAGGAGAAAUUGACUUUCGGGAUAUCAUAGUAAUUGUAAAUGUUCCUCCAACCAUUACUUUGCUUCAGAAGUCCUUUAACGCUACAGCAGAUCGCGGAGAGGCAGUUACUUUGUUCUGUAAAGCUACUGGUUCUCCUGAACCUGAAAUCAACUGGUACAGAAAGGGCAAACGUAUUGAGGAAAAUGAUAAAUAUACAUUAAGAGGCAGGAAUAUGGAACUAACCAUAAAAGAUAUACAAAAUAUUGAUUCUGGUCCGUAUAUUUGUGAAGCAAGAAAUAAAGCCGGAAGAGUGACAAAUCAGACUUUCAUGCAAGUUUUUGUACAGCCUCAAAUAAUACAACUUAAAAAUGAAACCACUUAUGAAAAUGGUGAAGCCGCUCUGAUAUGUGAAGCAGAAGGAGAACCAGUUCCUGAAAUUACUUGGAAAAGAGCUGUUGAUGGAAUAACUUUUUCUGAAGGUGACAAGAGUCCAGAUGGUCGAAUAGAAGUCAAAGGACAAUAUGGAAGAUCAUCACUACACAUUAAAGAUGUGAAAUUGACAGAUUCGGGAAGAUAUGACUGUGAAGCUGCAAGUAGAAUUGGAGGGCAUCAAAAGAGCAUGUACCUUGAUAUUGAAUAUGCUCCAAUCUUUGUGUCAAAUCAAACAAUUUAUUAUUCUUGGGAAGGAAAUCCCAUCAACAUAAGUUGCGAUGUUCUGUCUAAUCCAGCAGCAUCUAUUCAGUGGAGAAGAGGAAAAUUGGUUUUACCUGUAGAAAAUACAACUCAUUUAAAGACUCAUAGUAGUGAAAAUAAAUUGAUAUUAGAGAUUGCUCCCACAUCAGACAUUGACUUCGGACGUUACAACUGUACAGCCACAAAUAGAAUAGGGAAAAGAUAUCAGGAAUAUAUCCUAGCCUUGGCUGAUGUACCAUCCAGUCCACAUGGAGUGAAAAUUGUAGAUGUAUCACAGACUUUUGCUAAAGUAUCUUUUAAUAAACCAGAUUCUCAUGGAGGUGUCCCAAUUCAUCAUUACCAAGUGGAUGUAAAAGAAGUCACUUCAGAAACAUGGAAAGUUGUUCUUUCCCAUGCAGUUCAGACUAUGGUUAUUCUCAACAAUUUGGAACCAAAUACAACAUAUGAAAUAAAAGUUGCUGCUGUAAAUGGAAAAGGGCAAGGAGAAUAUAGUAAAAUUGAGAUAUUUCAGACUUUACCAGUUCGCGAACCAAGUCCUCCAACAAUUCAUGGACAACCAGGUAGUGGGAAAAACUUUAAACUUAGCAUAACAAAACAAGAUGAUGGAGGAGCACCUAUUUUAGAAUAUAUUGUAAAAUAUAGAAGUAAAGAUAAGGAAGAGCAAUGGCAAGAAAAAAAGGUUCAUGGUAAUAAAGACUUCAUUAUUCUUGAGCAUUUGCAGUGGACAAUGGGCUAUGAAGUGCAAAUUACUGCUAUAAACAGGCUGGGAUAUUCUGAACCAACUUUAUAUGAGUUCAUCAUGCCACCAAAGCCCAAUAUUAUUACAGGUACUUUGUUUAAUGGACUUGGACUUGGUGCAGUCAUUGGACUGGGUGUAGCUGCUCUUCUACUAAUACUUGUGGUGACUGACGUCAGCUGCUUCUUUGUACGGCAGUGUGGAUUGCUAAUGUGCAUCACUAGAAAGAUCUGUGGGAAAAAGAGUGGGUCCAGUGGGAAGAGUAAAGAGCUGGAAGAAGGAAAGGCAGCAUAUUUGAAAGAUGGAUCAAAAGAACCAAUAGUUGAAAUGAGAACAGAGGACGAAAGAAUUACCAAUCAUGAAGAUGGAAGUCCAGUAAAUGAGCCCAAUGAAACAACACCAUUAACAGAACCAGAGAAAUUACCAUUAAAGGAAGAAAAUGGAAAAGAAGGUUUAAGUUCAGAUACAAUAGAGAUCAAAGUAUCCAAUGAUAUCAUCCAGUCAAAAGAAGAUGAUAGCAAAGCAUAAAACAACAACAGCU